ACUAAAUUGUCUUCUAUCGACUUAUAACUCCAUUGUACCACACUACUACCUGAAACCUCCUCAUUUCUCAGUAGUAUAAUGCCGACUUCAGAAUCAUCGUUCCUCAGGCAACUCAGCGAGAAAGAAGGCUGGAACUUAAAAUCAAAGAGAUGGACCAAACCAUACACCACCUGCACUGAUACCGACACCCACCUCAACCAGAUCGACAUGUACACCACCAAUGCCGGACCAUUCACCGGAAUCAUGCCGGAGAAGAGGAAACGAGUCAUGGUUGUUGUCGAUCAAUCCAUUCAUUCCAAACACGCCAUGCUCUGGGCCCUCACACAUGUUGCCAAUCAAGGAGAUAUGCUCACUCUCCUCCAGAUUCAAACCACCCCUAAUUUUCACAAAGACAUAAACCCUUCUUCCUCUUCCUCUUCUUCUUCUUCUUCUUCAUCCGCUCCGGAUAAUCUACUGGUUACCUCAUUAGGCGCAUUGUGUAAAGCCUGUAAACCAGAGGUGGAAGUGGAAGCAUUGGUGAUUCAAGGAGGACCGAAGCUGGCGACAGUGGUGAGUCAAGUGAAGAAGCUAGAGGUGUCGGUUCUGGUUUUGGGUCAGAAGAAUUCGUCGCCGAUACUACGAUGCUUGGGAGGGAUGAGCAGCACAGAGAAAUUUGUGGAGCAGUGCAUCAACACAGUGGAAUGCUUGACGAUCGGGGUGAAGAAGCAGAGCAAAGGGAUUGGCGGGUACCUGAUCAGCACGAGAUGGCACAAGGACUUCUGGCUCUUGGCUUAGCUAUCAUAUCACUGUGUUAAGGUUAAUAAUCUAUAAGUCUAUGUUGUUCAUGAAUUUCUUAAUAAAACUACUAACUAUUCUAUUGUACAAUUCACUCCUCGAACUAGAAACCUUUCGCUCUCUAGAUCUUGCUUGUUUGUUCAAA